AAUGGGGGAAGAGAGGGAUGGCAUGGGAGAGGGAAUACAGAUAGAGGCAGCUAAAAUUAAGGGACACCUAGAGGGUGUCCACAAUGUGGCCAGCGUCUGUCUGCAGAUUGGCUACCCGACUGUUGCUUCAGUGCCUCACUCCAUCAUCAAUGGGUACAAGUGGGUCCUGGCUUUGUCUGUGGAGACUGAGUACACCUUCCCACUGGCUGAAAAGGUCAAGGCCUUCCUGGCCGAUCCAUCUGCAUUUGCGUCUGCUGCCACCACUGCUGCUCCUGCAGCUGCUGCUGCCCCAGCCAAGGCUGAAGCAAAGGAAGAGUUGGAGGAAUCAGAUGAGGACAUGGGAUUCCAUCUCUUCAACUAA